AUGAUUGGGAUGGAAAAGAAAGCGAGAGAGGAUCCGUUGUUUGCUAUCUUUAAGGAAAACAAGGAAAGAGUGGAUGCUGGAUUACCACCGCUACGACCAGAAGAGGUGCCACAAGACAUUCAAAAAAUAUAUCGAAAUUAUUUUGACAAGGAAUUUCAAAGAUACGAACGAAAUAAGUUUGCACAAGAGGAUGAAGAAUAG